AUACAUUCAACAAUGUUAUGUUCAGGGAAAAAAAAGCAAGCAAAUCUAAAUGACUCUACAACCAUCGCUGUUCCAUCGAUUAAAGGUCAUGGAUAUCUGGAUUAUACUAUUCAAAACCAUCCUUCCAAAGCACUUGAAACGAUGGAUGACCUUAGGAGGAAUAAUCAGCUCUGUGACCUUCUUUUGAGGGUUAGUUACAACGGUCAAGUUGAAGAUUUUCAUGUACACAAAGUUGUACUUGCUUCAUGUAGUUCCUUUUUUAGGGCUAUGUUCACUAAUAAUUUUCGUGAGUGCUAUGCACGGGAAGUCACUAUCAAAGACAUUUGUCCCAUUGUGAUGCAGAAGUUGAUAGAAUUUGCCUACACUUCACGGAUAACAGUAGGGGAGAAAUGUGUUUUACAUGUACUUUUGGCUGCCAUGAGAUAUCAAAUGGAAGAUGUAGCCAAAGCUUGCAGUGACUUCCUUGUUAAACACCUGGAUGCCAGUAAUGUCAUUGGCAUUUCCAAUUUUGCUGAACAGAUAGGCUGCACAGAGCUCUACAGCAAAGGAAGGGAGUACAUCAAUAUGCACUUCAGUGAGGUAACAAAGGAGGAAGAGUUUUACAAUUUAACACAUUGUCAACUCCUGGAUUUGGUCAACCAAGAAAGUCUGAAUGUUCUGUGUGAAAGUGAGGUCUACAACGCAUGCUUGAGGUGGAUGCAGUGGGAUUUGAACAACAGAGCACAGUAUUUUCAUGUCUUGCUAAAUGCAGUUCAUAUUUAUGCGCUACCACCAAAGUUUCUGGCAGUUCAGCUACAACAGUGUCCCAUACUUCAUAAGGAGAUAUCCUGCAGGGCAUACCUGUCCAAGAUAUUCCAGGAAAUGUCUUUGCACAAGCCUCUUCCCCGUGCCAAACUUCGAGGCAAUCAGUUGAUAUAUGUAGCUGGUGGAUACCUCCAAAGCUCUUUGGACUCUAUGAACGCAUACAACCCACAAACUGAUGAAUGGGUGAAGCUUGCCGAUAUGUUAGAACCAAGGAGUGGGCUUGGAGCCUGCAUUGUCUUUGGUCUGUUCUACGCAGUGGGUGGGAGGAAUCAUUCUUCAAUAGAAAACACAGACUCUGAUUCCUUAGCUUGUUUCAAUCCUGUGACCAACCAGUGGACUGCAAAAGCCUCUAUGAAUGUAGCCCGGAACCGUGUUGGAGUUGCUGCUAUAGAUGGUGCCAUUUAUGCUGUUGGUGGCUCCUGCGGAUCUGAACAUCAUAAAAGUGUUGAAAAGUAUGAUCCAGACAGAAACGAAUGGACAUUUGUAGCCUCAAUGUCUGUUGCACGUAUUGGUGCCGGAGUGACUGCAUGCAGAGGACUCCUCUAUGCAGUUGGUGGAUUUGAUGGCGAAAACCGUUUAAAUAAUGUUGAUUGCUAUCAUCCUGAUAUAGACCAAUGGCAUCCGGUGGCACCCAUGCAGAGUGUCAGGAGUGGGGCAGGUGUGGUAGCCCUCGACAAUUAUAUUUUUGCUAUUGGUGGAUACGAUGGUAGGUAUCAGCUAAACAGUGUAGAACGAUACAACAUUGACCGAAACUGCUGGGAGACUGUUAGUCCUAUGAAAUACAGGCGGAGUGCACAUGGAUUAGCUCUACACCAAGGAAAAAUAUAUGCUCUCGGUGGCUAUAAUGCAGAAGGCUUUCUCUCAUCUGUUGAGUGCUAUUGCCCCGAAAGAAAUGAGUGGACAGAAGUGACGGAAAUGCCCAUAGGAUGCAGUGGCAUGGGGGUGUCUGUAACCAUGGAACCGUGUCCAAACAGUAUUACUGACCCUGAAGAGGUUUGACUAACAGUAUUAAGGUCAACAUAUAAAAACCACCUGUGAACAA